AGAUAGAGCAUGGAGUUAGCCCACAGUCUUUUACUGAAUGAAGAGGCCCUGAAGAGGAUCUCAGACAAUAAGAGACCAGUGUUUAUAUAUGAAUGGCUGAGAUUCCUGGACAAAGUACUUAUUGCUGCACAAAAAUCUGAUAUCAAACACAGUCAGAAGCAGCUUGUCGUACAAUUAACCACUCAGAUUAGUGAAAGUCCCGGCCCCCCUACCCGGAAACUCCUCGCUCGUUGCUUAGCAACACUCUUCAGUGUUGGAGAUACGACUGCAUUGUUUGAAACCAUCAACAAAUGCAAUGAUAUUGUUCGCAACAAAGAUGACUCUCCUAGCUAUCUUCCAACUCGUCUGGCUGCAGUGGCUUGCAUUGGUGGAAUGUAUGAGAGGCUGGGCCGCAUGGUGGGAAGAUCAUACGAGGAAACAAUUAGCCUGCUAAUCAAAGCUUUGAAAAAUGCAGAGUCGCAGGGUAGAUCUGAGAUCAUGCUUACACUUGAGAAGGUUGUGUGUGGCCUUGGCAGCGCAGGAAGCUCAUGCUAUAAGGAUAUAUACAAGGCUGCCAGGAAUUGCCUCACAGAUCGCUCCAUGAAUGUACGGUGUGCAGCUGCUAAGGUAAUGCACCAGUUGGUUAUUGAGGCACCUUUCAUGUACACCACAGAGUUGGACAAUGUCGUCUCUCUGUGUCUGAGGGCACUCGAUGGCUCCAAUUAUGAUGUCAGAUGUGUUGUUGGCAAAAUGCUUGGACUUGUUAUAGCAAACACACAGAAUCCUAAGUUGAUUAAAGCUGCUAAAGGACGAGAGCUAAAGCUUACAGAUGUGUUGAACAUAUUGGCCAAUGGCUUUGUGAAGGGAGGAACUGGGUUCUUAAAGGGAACGGGAGAGAUGAUCAAAGGGACUGGGAAUGUGAACAGAGAGAUUAGAGUUGGUGUAACACAUGCAUAUCUUGAGUUCCUGAAGUGUAUGGGUGGUCUUUGGCUCGAGAGAAACAUCUCAGAAUUCUUGACUCACGUUGUGUACCUUGUUGCUAACCCUCGGGCCACCCCAACACAUGUGGAUGCUGUAUAUGCCAGAAAAUGUGUUCAGUUCAUCCUUAGGAAUGCUAUCGGGGGCCAGUUGAGUGAAAAGGCCCAGAUUGCUGCUGCAAGAGAGAUCAGUCAGAUGAUUGUCAAGGAGAUGAAUGCCACUGCAGAGGUAGAAAAGCCUAUAGGGGAGUCCAGUGGCCACCAUGUGAUAGUGUGUUGUCUACAUGAACUGGGAAGCCUUGUACAGAGUCUUGGGACCUCAGCUUCUCCUCUAGUCAAUGAACCAGCUACAGGCAUCAUUGAGCCAGUAGUAUCAGUUCUGAUCCACCACAGUUCUGCAGCAAGACUGACAGCUGCCUGGUGCCUAAGAUGCAUAGCUGUAGCCCUACCCUCCCAACUGACCCCCCUCCUAGACCGCUGCAUGAGUAGAAUGACACAGCUGAAAUCAUCCCCUGAGGCUGUGACUGGGUACAGCUUUGCCAUAGCAGCUCUCCUUGGUGGUGUCUAUAUGUGUCCACUUGGAAUACCACAUGCUAAAGGAAAGCAAAUAUUUGGAAUAGCCGAGGAGCUUCUGCGAACAGCCUCCCAGAAUAGUAGAUUGUCCCUGCAGCGUACUAUGUCAGGUUGGCUCCUACUGGGGGCCUUCAUGAGCCUAGGUCCAGCAGUGGUAAAGAAUCACCUUCCCAGAAUGUUGCUUCUCUGGAAGAACUCAUUCCCACGCUCCAGUAAAGAACUGGAGUCGGAGAAAGCCAGAGGGGACGCCUUCACCUGGCAGGUCACCCUAGAGGGGAGAGCUGGAGCUCUGAGUUCAAUGAAGAAUUUUAUCCGAAAUUGUCCAGAAUUAGUGACGGAAGAUGUGACGAGGAGACUGCUGUCACCUCUACAGUGUGCUCUUAAACUUAUGGAGCACAUCCCUAGUCUGAUCAAACACUAUGGUGCCCACCUAAAGGCCUGUGCUGCCAUGGUCCGACUGAGACUCUAUGAUGUACUAUCCCUAUUACCACCUAAGACAUAUGAAGGAUUAUUUAGUGAUUUGCUACGAGAAUUGGUGGCAGAAUUCACACUCACUGAUAAUCCAGCGAACACAACAACAUCAAUGCUACGUGCAAUGUGUCACCAUGACGACAGCGUUAUCCUAGGGUCAUGGUUGGAGGAGACUGACCACAAGGCUAUCGAAGACCAGUUGCAGCCCAACAGUGCGUCUGGGUCUGGUGCCUUAGAACACGAUGCAACGUCCCUCUACACAAGAAUAACCUCUGGUGACCCAGUACCUGGACCUCUGCCACUAGGUGUCGCUGUCAUAGAUGGCUCUGUCACGCUGUUUGGGUUUGUGUUUCCCAGAGUUCCUCACAAACAUCGCCUUCAGAUGCUAGAGCAUUUCAGUGAGUGCAUCAAACAGGCCAAGUCAACGCGGCAACAAGCCAUGCAGAUGAACAUAUUUGCUGCAGUGAUAUCAGCCUUGAAGGGUCUUGCUGACAAUAAGAUUGGCUUUGGGCAACUGGAGGUCAGAAAAGCUGCAGUUAAUCUUGUCCUGGGUGCCCUGGGCAGUAACAAUCCCAUACUAAGAUGUGCUGCAGGAGAGGCUAUAGGAAGACUUGCCCAAGUGGUAGAAGACAACAGAUUCAUUGCAGAGAUGGCUCAGUAUAGCUUUGACAAACUAAAGUCAGCUAGAGAUGUAGUGACCCGCACUGGUCAUUCCCUGGCUCUAGGGUGCUUACAUAGAUACGUAGGGGGUAUGGGAGCAGGACAACAUCUCAACACUAGUGUCAGUAUACUCUUAGCACUGGCACAGGAUACCACCUCUCCCAUUGUUCAGGUGUGGUCUUUACAUGCCCUAGGCUUGAUAGCUGACUCUGGGGGACCUAUGUACAGAGGCUAUGUAGAACCUUCACUGUCUUUGGUGCUACAGUUACUACUUAGUGUACCACCCUCCAACAUAGAUGUUCAUCAAUGCCUUGGCAAAUGUCUUGCUGCCCUUAUUACGACUAUAGGACCAGAAUUACAAGGUAACACAAGCUCCAUAUCAACAGCUAGGAUGUCAUGUUUGGUUUGCUGUGCCAUCAUGCAGGAUCAUCCAGAUUCACAAGUACAGGCUGAGGCCAUAUCCUGUCUACAACAGCUACACAUGUUUGCCCCUAGACAUGUCAAUCUCAGCACACUGGUGCCACAUUUGUGUGAAACACUGAAAAGUUCUCACCUCCUUUUGAGAAGAGCUGCAGUUGCGUGUCUCCGUCAACUCUCCCAAAGAGAGGCUAAAGAAGUGUGCGAACAUGCCAUGACGCUACUCCCAGAAAAGAAAGAAGAUCGGGCAGAUGCAAUUAUCACAGAAACUGGCCUAGAGGGCGCUCUGUUCAGACUUUUAGAUACUGAGAAUGAUAAAAAGUUGAUCUCUGAUCUAAAAGAUACUUUAGUCAGUAUGUUACAGACACUUGCAGGGGAUAACUUAGGCAGGUGGAUUCUCCUGCUGAAGGAUGUCCUCCAAGCAACAUCAGAGGCCCUUACUCCAACUGAAGAGGCUGGUGGUGUGGAGAAAGAUGACGAUGAUGAUGAUGCAGUCAUACAGAUUCAGUCCAACAAGGAAGAUGAGUCAAAACCAACAAUUGCACCAAGGUGGCCUACAAGGGUAUUUGCCACAGAGUGUCUUCAGAGGAUUCUUACAGUCUGUGAACAAGAUGAUACGCAUGUUAAUCUGGCAACUGCUAGAGACCAGAAACAAUCUAAUGCUAAAGCUGACUUCUUGGUUUUACAUCUGUCUGAGUUAGUGAGGAUGGCAUUCAUGGCCUCCACAUCUGAUAGUGACAGUCUCAGAUUGGCCGGCCUGGCAGCCUUGCAGGAUAUUAUUGUGAAGUUUGCCAAGGUUCCCGAACCUGAGUUUCCAGGUCAUGUGAUCCUUGAGCAGUAUCAAGCCCAGGUUGGUGCUGCGUUGAGGCCUGCUUUCUCACCUGACACAGCGUCUGAUGUCACUGCCACAGCUUGUGAGGUAUGUAGCACAUGGAUUGGUAGUGGUGUGGCCAGAGACUUGAAUGAUCUGCGUAGGGUUCACCAACUCCUAGUAUCAUCCCUAGCCAAGCUGAAGACAGGCAAAGGAAACUCACAGUUGUAUAGUGAGAGUGCCUCCACGAUGGAGAAGCUGGCAGUUUUAAAAGCAUGGGCUGAGGUUUACAUUGAAGCAAUGGACCAAGAGAAGGAGCGCCUUGCCAACAAGGACACAGCCCCCAAGGUUAACCAGGAUGAAGAUGAAGAUUUCCAGGAGUACCAGAGGGAAAGCUUAUUGAGCCUUGUACAGAAUGAACUUGGACAACUCAGCCAGCAUUGGCUAGGGGCAUUGAAAGACCACGCUCUCUUAUCUCUUCCACAAGAGUUCUCCAGUCAAUUGCCUGCAGAAGGAGGAGCAUUCUACCAUGCUGAGUCUAAAGACUCUGCCAGGUCUCACUACAAGAAAUCCUGGGCCCCUAUCUUGUAUGCUGUGUCCCUUUGGCUCAGCGAGACUGGGUUCAUAGGUGGACCUGGGGAUAAGACACCCGAUUUACCUGCUAAUAUGAAACCAGAGGAGGUGAAUGGGGAUAGAUUCUAUCUUCUGUUAGGAAUAAGCAUAGAAGCACUGUGUAGUCCUACAUCGACUCAACCAAUAGAAGUGGUAACCCUAUGCUUGAAGGCCCUCAGUGUAUUACUGGGUAAACAGUGGCCUAGGAAGAAACUUGGUGCUGAUCAGUCUCUUGGUAUAGAACUACUUAAUGUGUUGCACAGACUGCUGUUGACACGUGAGAAUGUGAAGACCCACCUGUUGGUGAUGGAAGUCGUACAACAAGUAAUUGUAUCAAUACAAGAGUCACUGGAUGAACAGAACUCCAUUGACAUAGGAGACGAUCCAGAAAUAACACCAACAGAGAAUGGUGAAUCAGAUCCAGCACCAGGUACAACCAAACUAGAAGAGAAACCAGUUCUUGGUGACGGAGGAUCAACGGGUGAAAUAAUACCUGGAAAAUCUGCAGUGUUCGCUGCUCUAGAGGUCUGUCUGUGCGUCCUUAUUCGUCAGAUACCUGUAUUGAAUCCAUCACUUCCAAAUACAGGAUUUCAGACAACUACACGUCAAGUGAAAUUGACGGAGGAUGGGAGUAAGCUGGUGUCGUCUGCUCUCACAGUGAUGGCUGAUCUACCACAGCUGUGUUCUCCUAAAGGGACAGUAUCAAUACUACCUACUGUGCUAUUCCUUACAACGAAUGUGGUUAGAGAACUGGCAGCCAAAUCUGCUGACAUGACCCCCGUGUCCAGUGCAGUUACGACUGCCCUCCAGAGUCUGCGUACUCUCUGCUCCUCCCCCAUGACUACUAACCCACAGGUUGGGGGUGAAUGGGUGCAGAUGCUCCAGAGUGCCAUGGCAACCGUUAUUGAAUUUUCAAAACCUGGUGCUGUAUUAAAACUUGCCCAAAGUUGCCAUGACCCCAGUGAGGACAGACCAGGGUUGGAUGACACAACAUCCCUACUGACACUAGCUGUCUUUAUCACCUCCAGUCCAAAAGAGGUCUCUUGUGUCCCUAAUCUACAGGCGCCAUCUAUAGAAAUGUUUAACCAAGCUUGGACAACUGAAAAUCAACAAAUAAAAUUAAAAUGUUUACAAACGCUGACAUCUAUAUUCCAACGCACAGAGAAGACUGUAUCGACUAUAUACAUACAUAGCCUAACUCCUAUGAUCCUAGAGUGGCUUACGACUGUGGGGGCUAAAAGGCCAACCACAGAACUAGAAAUGGCAUUGGUCUUGGAAGGUGUCAAGAUGAUGGAGGCUUUAAUAGCAGUAGCUGAGAAUGACUUACGUAUACAUAUGGUAAUGAUAUUUGUGCCAACGAUGAUCUCGUACCUUCUAGACCAUACGCAGCUCCCUAAGGCCACCAAGCUAUCCAGAGCCCUACACGAUUGUGCUUUACAAAAACUCAUGACAUUUGGACCCCAGUAUCCUAAUGAAUUCAGAACAUUGAUGGGUUCUAGCCCUGAGCUACGGGCACGUUUAGAGACUGCUAUCAAAGCCAAAAAUGCAGCUGAUAUAGCAAGGAAAAAUGAAAUAGCCAAACCUGUGUCAACAGGCCCUGUUAAACCCGCUAUUAAGCUUAAGAUGGAUUUCAGCAACUUUAGCGGAUAAAUUAAUUAAUAAUUUUUAAAUACAUGUGUGGAAUUUUAGCUAUGAUGCUGUGGAUAGAAUUGGAUCAUAUUUGACUCGGCAGCAGUAUUGGAAAGCCCAAAUGAGCUACUGAAAGAGAUUUGUCCCAGGAUUAUUAUAUGGAAUAAGUAUUACAAGACAAGGUCAUUCGUCUAUGUGUUUAUCUUGGAGCACUUACUGAAGUAGAACCAAUUAUUGUGUUACACCCUCCUACCUUUAUUCUGUUUUUACGUAAAACAUGACAAUACAAGAAAUAGAGAGUAGGAGGUGUAUCACAAAUGAACGAAAUAUGAUGCGUUUAAUUUUUAAUUUUUAGGACUCAAUGAGUGCUAACAGAAUAUAUUCUGGAUCUAGUUAGCUUGAGAAAUGAGGAAAACAAUUAGUGAAUAAUUAGUACUUUCAUACUACAGGGGUCAUUUUUCCCAAAAAGCCUAUUGAAAAUUCAACCCAAACAAAAUCUAAAUUCAAUAGGAUUAAUGUUUUGAUUGAAAGAAAUACUUUUGUUUUUUGAUUGUAAUAAGAAUACCAAUAGAGCUGUGGAAACCAAAAAUGUUAAAAAAGUAGUGAAUAAAGUUAUAAAGUGUAAAUUCUUGUCAGAUUCUAGAUUUUAAAUGAUGCUUUAUAAUGAAGAUUAUUCAACCCAUUGCAGUGAUUGUAAAACUUACUGAAGCUUAUUUUGUGCAAUAUGGGGACUAGAGAAACUGAUGAAAUUCUAUAGAUUUUGAUAAAGAUGGUUCAUUCCCAUCAUACAUUAGCUUUACAUUUAAGAGACCUCCUUUGCAAUAUCUGUGUUGUGAAUCUGCCUGAUAAAUGAACAAAUAAGUGAAUGUAGUACAGUACAGUCUCAUGCAGAGCCUCAGGAAAGUCUCAAUUUCUUUGGCCAAUUCCUAUAUUUUCUUGUGACUCUGCACCAGGCUGAGUAUAUCAAAAUAAUAUUAUUAAUAUGUUGUAGGGUUGGACUGAUAUUACAGACAUUUCUCGUAGAAUUUCAAUUUUGUUUUUUUAUAUAAAACUAUUAAAUUGCUCAAUUCAGAACUACAUCUUUGAGUUUUUAAUGAUGACCUUUGUAAUAUAUAUAUAAAGACUAUAAUCCAACCCGUGCAUCAUUGAUAUAUCAAGCAUAAUGUAUUGUUAAUUUUGUAUCAAAAUUACAGACACUGUAGAAUAAGUUUACUUUCAGAUUUUAUAUGAAUUUGUUCAACCUUGUUGGAGUUUAUGUUGAUCAUUCUUAAAAUGUAAAAUCUAACGUCAAAGUUGCAUUGUUUACCAAAUAUGGCGAUGAACAGAUGAACAAAAAAUACAAUUCGACAGGUCUGUCUAUAUACAAACAAACAAACAAGUCUGUAUAUGAACAAACGACUUUCAAUUUUUACUCGUACAUCAGUUUAUGUGUUACACCCCUUUAGUCGUGUUUUGUUGUCCCCACAAAACUCCCAGGAUUCCUUGCCAAUCCUCUAGCUUUCUUCACGUUGAGUGAUCGAUUCUGAUUAAAUGAAUUAACAGCCAUUUAUGUUGGCAGUAACAUGAACCAUCCUUUGGUCAUUGCUUUGAAUGCACUGGAGGAACUGUUGCUGAAGAAUCUUGAAGGAAUCAUCAUUUCCAAUCUUCCUUGAUAAAACACCAUAAUUUGGAAACUGAACAUAUGGGGUGGAACAUAGACUAGAUGUUAGAUUUAUCAUGUUUUAAAGAUUAAUUCCAUAUUGUUUUAGAGGGAAAGAUAUGCCACUAUCACUGUUUUAAAUCAUGUAUGAGCAAGGUACUUUAUGUUUAUGUUCUGUUACUGUUACUUUUUAUCUGCUGGUAGAAUAUUCUGUUAUAAAAUACAUGGAAAGAUGAGAUAUUGAAUCAAACAUUAGUCACUCUUGAACAAUAAGAAAUUUAGAUGUAUUAUACUAGAAGUCUGUUUUGAAUAAAUCAUUAUAAAAUGUUAUCAUGGUUAUUGCUAUGGCGAAAUUAUAAAAGAAUAAUAGAUUUCAUAAAAAAUGAUUUUUGAAUUUCUCUUGAGAUAGUGAUCAGUGUUUGACCCAAUAUCUAAAGACUAAAAGGAAAUGUCUGAGAGUGUUCUUUGAAUAUAAAUUGUGAUAAAUGUAUAUGUGAAAGUGGAGAGAUAUAAGGUAGUAUAUAACGAGCUAUAGUAUAGCUGUUGUUGGAGUUGUAUCAUGCAAGCAAACAUGAGCUUGGUUGAUAUUUGAAAUUUGUGCUUGCUUACAUAAUAUACCUAUUGUUGAGGAAUUUAUGUGCUGUUGCAUCACUGUAAGUGUUGGCUUAUGUAGCAAUGAACCUUCCACUUGGAGAGUGUUUAGAACAUGAUUAAGUGAAAGCUGAUGUUAAAUGAUUGAUUUAUAAAGCUGGAGAAGUGUUAUUCAAUGACUUUUAAAUGUUUUAUAUGUCUCUGCUUCAACUUCAAGACUAUUUCCCAUUUAAUCUCUGAAACCAGAAAAUGAAAAGACAUUGAUGAAAGUCUUGAUACAAGAUUGAUUGAUAUUUUACAAGCUUCAUGUUACACUUGUAUUUUGCUUCAUCUGUUUUAACUGAUAAAAUACGCUUA